AGAAAGGUUAAGGUAUUCUGAAAAUUCUAGUUUAAAAGUUUUGUUCUUAUAGUUGAAAAUGAGUUUUGAUCUAAAAAAGGAAUCGGAUGUUAAAGAAUAUAUAGAAAAAUUGGGUAUUGAAUAUCGAUUUGGUUGCUAUUCAGAAAAAAAACCAGAAGUAUGCCACUUACUUGGAGAUUACUUAGAGGGUAUUAAGAAAGAUUUUGAAAAGGCUGCUAAAGUUUACAAAUCAACAUGUGACGAUUAUGGUUACGCAAAAUCAUGCUAUAAAUUUGGAAAUUACAGUUUUCUUGGCAAAGGGAAAAGUGGGAGCAAAGGUGAUCCACGUAGUGCUUAUAACUAUUAUGAAAAGGGAUGUAAUCUUAACGAUUCAGAAUCAUGUUUACAUUCAGGAUUAUUGCUGGUCUCUCGUUCUAUGCCUAAACAAAUGGACAGAGAUGUGCCGAAGGGUCUUGAAUACUUGACAAAAAGUUGUGAUAUGGACAAUGGAACGGCUUGCUUUUAUCUAUCGGGUAUGCAUAUAUCUGGUGUACACAAAAAUCCAGAAAGUACUACUGAUAUAGAUAUUAAAUCGCAGAAAGCAAAUGAUUUUAUAAUACAAAAAGAUAUGAAAAAAGCAUUCGAUUAUGCGUAUAAAGCCUGCGAAUUAAAAAAUAUGUACGCUUGUGCUAAUUUAAGUCAAAUGUAUGCACGCGGAGAUGGAACUACAAAGGACGAGUCUCAAGCAGAUAAAUAUAAAAAAAUGGCAGUCCAAAUGCAAGAAGAAUUGAAAAAAGUUCAACCAACAUUGCAAUUUCAACAAGGUGUAAAGGAUUAACUACUGAAAACAUACCAAAAUAUAGACGCUUACAACCUAAUAUCGGGCUGCAAUAUAAAUAAAUUAAAUAAAAUUAGUUUUCACUUAAUUAAA